UAUAUUAGGGCUCCCUUUCCUUCCCAUCCCAUUUCUGAUAUUCCUGAUCGACUGAGAAGCCAUGAGUAGAGGCGGGAGCUAUGGCGGUGGACCGAGUUCAUUGGGUUAUUUGUUUGGCUCAGAGGAGCCACAAACUCCACCCCCAGCUGCUAAGCCAGUAUUGCCGCCAUACGGCAUCGAUAUCACCACCAUUGAUGAUUAUCAAAAGCCAUCAUCAGAUCAUCAGACUCCUACCAAUUCCAACAACUAUCCAAGAGCUGACGGCCAAAAUUCUGGAAACUUUUUAACUGAUCGUCCAACAACAAAAGUUAAAUCAGUUCCUGGAGGAGAUUCAUCACUUGGCUACUUGUUUGGAGAUAAGUGAUCGAUGCCUCUAUUCUUUAGCUUCCUGCUUCGAUCAGUAACAACCAAUUAAUAAUAUAUAUCUUGUAUAUAGUUUCUAAUUUUCUAUGGAUUCUUUAUGUGUUAUAAGGGUCUCCUGUUAUAAUAAAAGGGAUAUAUCUUUCCCCAUGAGUGUCGUAUUUGCAAGGGUUUCUUUCAGGGUUGGACGAAGAAGAUCGAGUGGGGUGUAGAGAGAUAAGAAGAAAACUUCUCUAGCUAUGUGUGUGUGUGUGUAUCGUGAACAACUAGGUGUAAGUUUAUGGAUUUACCUUCUGCUAUUUGUAAAAUUAGGUUUCAUAGAUUUGAAUUUUCAUUAUUAAUCAAGAUUGACAUUUAUGAUAUAUAUUUGGUGUUCUGUUGUGAUCGA